GUAAAUCCCUGAUGCUACAAAAUUCGCUUCGUCCUUUGAAGGGUGCCGAAGGCUCAUACAGGACGUCCAACAUGACUUUACUGGACUAAACAUCAAACCUCGAACCCAUUCUUUCGAACUUCGUGUCUGGUUAAAGUCGUCUCGGUGCACGUUGUAGCUUCUCGGCCUGGUUUAGCUUAGCUUGCUAGCCGUCAACAAAGAGACGCGUUUGUGAGCAACACAAGCAGAAAACAAGUGUGAAAGUAAAGUGUUGUGUUUAUCGUGUGAAAAUGUGUGCAAGAAGGACAGCGGAGUACGAGGAGGAACUUUGUGGAGCAGAAGACGAGAACGAGCCACAACGCCGACGACUCGAUGCUGUUUGCAAGAUGCAGCAUCGCGAUGCGCAACACAGAGAAGACAUCACUGAAGAUCUCCGGCAGGAGCCAGAGACACCUCCCGUUAAACAGGAAGAAGAGGUCCCCCACAUCAAAGAGGAAGAGGAGCCACAGCCCCCUGACAUUAAAAAAGAGGAAGAGGACCUCCACAUUGAGGAGGAAGAGCAGCCUCCCAACAUUAAAGAGGAAGAGGAGGAGGAGGCUAUCACCAAGUUUCCAUCAAUUGGUGUCCCUGUGAAAAGUGGAGCUGAAGGUCAAAGUGAGGAGAACAGAGGUGCAGAGCCUCUAACCAGCAGCAGCUCCAGUCAACAUAUGACAUCGGAAGAUGAUGGCGACCACUGUAGAGGAUCACAAGCAGACGGCCUCUUCGCUCCACUAUCAGAUAGUGACGACACGUCACACUCAUCUGACUAUGAUGAUUAUAAACGGUCUGAAGGUCAUAAGACAUGUUACACUGACAACAAGCAAUGGAAACCUUCUCAGUGUGGGAAAACGUCUUGUAAGGGCAAAUUGAAACAACACAUGAGAGUACACACUGGAGACAAACCUUUUGUCUGCUCAGUUUGUGGUCAAGGAUUCACUCGGAAGGGAGACUUAAAAAUACACACAAGAACCCACACGGGUGAGAAACCUUUUGCCUGCUCAGUUUGUGGUCAAAGUUUCACUCGGAAGGGAGACUUAAAAAUACACACAAGAACCCACACUGGUGAGAAACCUUUUACCUGCACAGUUUGUAGUAAACAAUUCUCUCAUAAGGGAAACUUAAGAAGUCACACAAGAACCCACACUGGAGAGAAGCCUUUUGCCUGCGCAGUUUGUGGCCAAAGAUUCUCUGAUAAGGGAAACUUGACAAAACACACAAGAACCCACACUGGUGAGAAACCAUUUUCCUGCUCAGUUUGUUGUCAAAGAUUCUCUGAAAAGGGAGACCUAAAAAGACACACAAGAACACACACUGGAGAGAAACCUUUUGCCUGCACCAUUUGUGGUCAAAGAUUCUCUCGUCGGUAUUGGGCGAAGACACACAAGUGUGCUGGUGAGAAUCGCAGUGAUCAAGAAGCUUAAAAUGUAAAUGUUUAAUAUCAAAGGUAUUUACUAUUAUACUCAUUUACAAAAAUGUACAUUCAUGUAUUCUAUGAAUUUAUUGGAACCCUCCAGUGGACAAGUGUUGAGAAUGAGCACUUGGGCAAAAAUAAUUGGAAGAUCAGAGGACAAAGAUUUAAAACAAAAUGCUUGAUAACGCUAGAGCUCAUUUAAAAAAGCACAUCUGCCAUUUCGAAGUGAUUAUAUAGCAGAUAUACAGCAGUUAAAUGGAUAAAUAGGAUGCACAGUGCGCCUUCCGGUCUUUUGUCUCUUUCCGGCGCUGUGACGUCACAUAAGCCAAACAUCGUGUUCAUUCGGCGGCGUUGUGUGCUAUUUUUCCAUGCUGUUGUUCCUUGUAUAUUUGUUGACGUAUGAUUUAGCGAUGUCACGAUGGUUCAUUGUGUGGCAUUUGGCUGUACAAAUGGUUCAGGCAGCGGCAAGAGUUUUUUUUUUUUGGGGCCUUCCAAGUGAAAAAGGAAUACGUGACCAGUGGAUAGGGAAAGCCAAUCGACAGGGGAAGAAACGUGCUCAGCUAUGGGUGCCGAGCAAACGUUCCAAGCUGUGCUGAUCACUUCGAAUCGCCGUGUUUUGAGAAAGACUUGGCAGAAAGCGUUGGAUGCAGGGGCUGAAACCGGCUACGGCCAUCGGGACCUCGACCGCCAGCCAGAGAACUAAAUCUCGCACCGUGGCGAUCGGCGCUUGAUCGUUUCCUUGGAUAUACCUACGACUCUAUUACUAUUACUAUGUACCGGGCAGCAGGAAAAAAAGAUCCACGCAGUAGUUUUCAGUACUGACGUCUGCACUUUUGCCCGUGCGACAAGCCAACAGACACACGGCAAAGACUUUUGUGUGCGGCGUGUUGUAACGCUACUCGAGCGAGGGGCGCACAAUCUAUAGCCUAACCCUGCAUCCUUUGUAAAAGCGUGUGCCGUGUCACUGAAACAUAUAUGAAUAUGUAAUAAUAGGUAUAGUCGUGCUCAAAAAUAUUGGCACCCCUGGGGUGGCAUUAUUUGCUUUUGACAUAGCGUCACACGGAGCCAGCGGCCGCUCUCUUUUUCUGUUGUCCAGCUGCUACUUGGCCGCUCGUCGUCGUCGCUGUCUGAUCGGCUCAAACGUACGCUUUGACGAUGCCGAGUUCAGUCGGGUGCUUCUGUACGUCGAAAUCCUCCUCCUCCACAUAUUCCGACACGUUGCUCAGCAUUGCGUAAAGUGUGGAGCGCUGUGUUUGGUCAUUGUAACGUCGCUCGCCCUUGCGAUGGAUAAAGUAACCACACGUCGGUGUCUUGAGCUUCGGGUACGUUCGGGGAGCUCUCAAUAUGCAUGUCAUAAAAACCUCAUUUUUAGCUCAACUAUGGUUGAAAACUGGCUGGAAGUUACGUGUAUGUAUUGCAUAACAUAUAAACAAUGCAAAUAUGAAUUUGAACUGACCCCAUAACAUCUUUGUCAUCUGACCUUUAAGCAACGCAUGCGUUUUGUCCAAUGUUUUUGUGAUUUCAGUAUCAAAUAAGUGAAUGAUUGAUUGAACUCAUCUGUGAAGAAAAGCUGUAAAGUGCACAUGUGAUCCUUGAUCAAAUAAACCUCUU